UCUCGUUUUUUCAACUAUUUUCCAUUGACAGCGGAUGAGUGAAAUCAGUUGCAUGUUCCUUUACAGUAAAAAGAGGUGGACCAAUCCAGUUGCCUAAGAAAGGCGUUCUAAAUAGACUUGAACUUAAGUAUAUCUGGUGACUUGCAUAUGUCGGAAUUUAUUCGAUGUUCCUUUUGUACAGUUGUCCUUGUCAGUGCUAUUAACUUACCUUAAACAAACCUUAAAAAUAAUAUUUGUUAGGUCACUUGAACGGCUCUGCGUGCUAUUGGUUAUCACACAUGGGUGAUUUGUAUGGUCGCGACCUUUCGGUUGUUUUAUCAUAAGUCUUUUCUGUCUGAUAUAAUUAAUAUGCUGUGGAUAGUACCUUGCAUUCAGUGGAACCAGUAAAUUUUGAAAGAAAUAAACAUGAUUUUGUGACGAAUUUCAUCAUUAAUCAAAAAUGAAAAUCGAAGGUGGUCCUGAACGUAAAGCUUGAGCGUGCUAAAUGUAGCAUUUCAAGAUAUACAACACAACUGCUUAUUAAAUAGUUUGCUGGACUCUGAAGCCUCAGUUCACCCUUGAAGCCAGUUUUCCAUGACUGUAGCGUGAAGCUGUUUCAAAGAAAUUCGAGGAUUUGGUGUGCAGCCUCUAGUGAUGAGCACAUUCGCGUUGUGUUAUUCAAAUCAGACUGACAAGCGGUGAAAACUAAAAGUUGUCUCUGGUAUCCGAUAUGAGCUCGCAAAAGAGUAAACGAGCUGUCGUAGAAGCGGGGGAGGCUUCAGAAAGCGACGAAGGAGAAAGUGAGCUAUGUCGGGCCAAAUUUCAAGCAUCUGUUGUUACAUUCGCAGCACCUGGGAGUAUUGCUAUCUCUGGACUUAAUAGACAAGGAACAUCAAUUGAGACGUGCUCCGUUUCAUCCCUUACGCAAGCCUCAGGCUCUAUAACUGCUAUUUCACAGCAAGAAUGGCCGACCCGUCCGGUACCAUGCCGCGCUUUGGUAGAGGCCAACAGCUCCUUGGCCAAGGGUAUUCAAGAGGCUGCGGCUCUUCCAUACACAGUGGCCAUCAAGGAAAUCGAUGAUAUUGCGCUUGACCUCGUCAGAGGACAACAAUUGGUGGAUGAUGUUUACCGAGUUUUGGAAUCGGUAAGCGAAUCAUUGCAGUAUAUUGAAUGGGAAGCAGAUGAACUUCGAGCUCAAGGCACGGUAGCACUACCGGUUCCGCCGCCUCGUCAUGGAUACGGUGGCUGCCACGCGCCGAAGCCGCCUACGUGUCCUGAACAGAAGUAAAAAAUCAUUAUAAUAACACCCUGUGUCGAUACAAAUUGUCGUUUACUUGUAUAUCUAUAAUUAUUGCGAAUGAUUCCAUAAUCAAGUAUUAUAUAUUAAUGCAUAAUUAGGAAGUGAACAUGGAAACUCAAUACGAAGAGUGCGUUGUGAAUAGAUAGUAAUGUUUCCUAAGAUUCAAAAAGAAACUCAAAGGAAAGCACAAUCAAUCUAUCACACAUAUGAUAAUAACCUGAAUAAUUAGUAUAGUAUUGUUGCUUCAAUAAUGUGUUUCGUCACUUAUAUAAAAGUGAUAUAUCGUUAUGUUAGCUAUUAAGUAUGUAUAAUUCGAAAGAAAACUAACACAGUAAACUAGCAAUGGUCGUAUAACCUAGUUCGUAUAUUAAUUCUUAAUUCUAUCUAUUUAAUGUCGACGUAUGUGCAUAUACAAUUCUUAAACGAUACGAAAAAAGCUAGCAGGACAAAAUAGGUCGGCUCAAUCGAUUCACCACGUUAACUGCCUUGUUUACUUAUUAUAUUUCUGAACUUUGGUCUAACCGAUACAAGACAUUGUUUGUGUUGGACUUUUUUCACCGAUAUUCUGUUUAAUGGGUCGGAAAAACAAAGGUUUCUUUAUGUUCUAAAUACUGCGAGUACGAUAUUUAGAGCCUCAAUUAAGAAAUUGUUUUAUUACUGUAAACGCCUAAAAUACAAGUUUGCGCGUUCAAAAUGUAAACAGGCCAAGCAUAUCAUUUCAUGAAAUUGGUGAAAAACCAUUUUCGUUAGUACAUCAUAUCGUUGCGUUUUUUCGUACUGUGCAUCGAGAAAUUUCUGUUGACGGAGGUUCCUGAGUGAAGUAACAUAUGGCUGUCUUUGGCACAAGGCUCAAAUAUACACAGACAAACGCACCGAAGCUGCGACAAUGACACUGACAUUAAGUGCCAAAGUCAUGUGAAUAAAGUAAAUGCGAGCACAGGUAAUAAUUCGUCAGUAAGAGUGUAUGUUAUUGAUGUAACUAAUUAGCGAAAUAAGCAGACUGUGAGCAAAAUUAAGUGGCCGUCGACCUAUCUUCGCUGGACUGUGAUUUAUCGGUCAGAAGAAUUUUCAUUAUGAUUUGGUUCAAUGGAAGUCUGUACUUCUCCGGAGAGGGCAAAAAAUCUCAUUUCAAUUAGAAGUUUGUUUCUGAUUACAAUCGAAAUAUAGACAUCUAAGCGAUAUCUCGAUGGAAUUAAUAAUGCACUUUGAUACCCGUAUCCGCGCUAAAGUGCUUACUCAUGUUUUUGGUCACUUUAAAAUUGCAGCACGUACCUUACAAUAAGGUACAAGUACUUAUUUUUAAUUUUUUAAAGCGUAUACGAAAUAGUGUUUAUAUAUAUAACAUUUUAACGUCUAUGACUGUAAAGAUCACUUCUUUGCGUUAAGAAUAAAUUUGCAGAACUAGAGUGGAGUCACACAAGGCCCCUGUAGUCUUCAAGCCGGCAUCUCUUCUGGGAACUAUUAAGCUGUUAGAAGUGAAUAUAGCAAACUUUGAAAUUGAGUCACGUCCCAAUUAAGCGUCGCUCAGUGAUAAAUUUGACUGAAAGAUGCUUAGUUUUCUAGAAACGUGUGAAUGAAACCAGUUAGGUUUAUUCCAGGAAAAAAUAUAUUCAAAAGGAAAACAUCUUUCAGACUCAAAAAUGAAUACUAAAUGGUCAAGUUUACGUGCGAAACUUUGUCAAAAGAACCUGUAUGAAACAUACGGCCGCUAUACGCGAAGCAAGAUUUAACCUACACCGCCAGUUGGAGAGGGAUUAGACAAGCUAUGGUGUUGCUCUAGAGAGAAAUCGAAUUUAAUGGCAAUGUCGAGUGAACUUGGACGUAAGCUGGCAAUAAUACUUGCAAUGAAUAUCAGGGGUAUUUGCUGCUACGAAAUACUUGCCGAAAACGAAACAAUGAAUUCAGUUUAUUACUUCAAGUUCAUUGGCACAGUGAUUGAAAGCACGCAGUAUGGUUAUCAGACAACGCUAGACCUCAUCGUCAUGCUUCAGUUACUUCCUGGAUUGAGCAACGAAGUAUUCCACGUUGGCUUUUACCCACUCCGUGUGAUCAUAGGGCUUUCCAUAUCCUAAUGAAAAUAACUAGUGGACAAACAUGAUUUCAUAUUGAUUUAUUUAGAUAAAUCAUAGACAAAGAGGUUACUUACGGGAAUGCAAAUGGUAAACAUAUGGUUAUCCAAAAGCUGUCAGAGCGCUGAGGCGAAUGUGUAAAAGUUAUUCGAUUUCAAGCUUCGCCGUAUUCGCUUGUAACAACCUAACAGAUGCAUUUUUUUUCGCUUAAACUUUGGCUCCUAAAGUAACUAUUUUUAAACUGGACAAGAGUAGGGA